AUGUUUAUGGGGAAAGAAUUUACUUUUGUAGAUGAUCAUCAGCUCAACAAGCAAGAAACUUAUAUACGAAACGAAGAAGAAGACAAUCAAAUAGAAAAUCACAUGAAGAGUUUAACUGUUACAACAAACUAUGCCAAAAAUAAUCUGAAACUAUCGACACCACCGCCUUGUUGCAGCCAUCAAGUCGUCGCUUUCUCGAUGUUGCACUUGACUGACUUCAAAUGCAAUGACAACAAAAAAUAA